UAGCUCCGUUUGCGCAGGCGCGAGUGUGUGUUGUGAGGGUGAAUGUGUCGGCGCCAUAUUGUUAAGGAUCUUAUUGUUUUUCCGUUCUCGAUAGCUAGUUCUCAACAUUGUUAGCAUAUCUUCGCGUUGAAAAUGUCCGGCAGUGUUAUCCGAGGCCCUGCAGGAAACAACGACUGUCGGAUUUACGUGGGUAAUUUACCUCCCGAUAUUCGCACCAAGGACGUCGAGGAUGUGUUUUAUAAAUACGGAGCGAUUCGGGAUAUCGACCUUAAAAACAGAAGAGGGGGUCCGCCGUUUGCAUUCGUGGAGUUUGAAGAUCCAAGGGAUGCAGAGGAUGCUGUAUACGGACGAGAUGGCUAUGACUAUGAUGGCUAUCGCCUUCGAGUGGAGUUCCCAAGGAGCGGAAGGGGAGGUGGAAGAGGUGGAGGUGGAGGUGGAGGUGGAGGGGGUGGCGGUGGCGGUGGCGGUGGAGUUGGAGCUCCAAGAGGCAGAUAUGGUCCCCCAUCUAGGCGCUCUGAGUACAGGGUCAUAGUGUCAGGACUUCCUCCUAGUGGCAGCUGGCAGGACCUUAAGGAUCACAUGCGUGAAGCAGGUGAUGUAUGUUAUGCUGACGUAUUCCGGGAUGGCACCGGCGUUGUGGAGUUUGUGCGCAAAGAAGACAUGACCUACGCCGUUCGAAAGCUGGAUAACACUAAAUUCCGGUCACACGAGGGGGAAACGGCUUACAUCCGCGUAAAAGUGGAUGGCCCGCGCAGCCCCAGUUACGGGCGCUCGCGCUCUCGCAGCCGCAGCAAGACUCGCAGCCGGAGCAACAGCCGCAGUCGCAGCUACUCACCACGCCGCAGCCGAGGAUCACCCCGUUACUCGCCCCGCCACAGCCGCUCUCGUUCCCGUACCUAAACAUCCACUUCACAGCUAAUAGGCUGGCCACAAUCAUACACCCUGUGUCACCUUCUACUGGACCCACUGUUGUAUUUCAUUGCUCUCUCAAUUCAUUUUGUCUUUCCACUUUCCCCAGAUUGCUUUCUCUCAUUUUUAUCGUAUAAUAUUCCAAAAUUGUUUUGAUGAUUUUUAUUCGCUAAACACAGCUAAGAGUAGCUUAACGGAUGUUCUCCUUCCUCUCUCUUCUCUCCCUAUCGAUUCUUUUUUUGUUGUCUUCUAUCCCAUGACCCUGUCAUGUCUUCGUCUUGCAUUCACAUUUAAACUGGAUCUUUAUACUCAUCCCUUGUACUAUAUUUGAAACAAGGAACAUGUUGAAAUGCUUUGAAUAGUUCUGUUUUGAAGGAUUAAUAUGAUACUGUUUUUAUUUUGUUAACAAUGUUCGUUUUUUACUUUUCCUGGGGUGAGAAUUUUUUUAUUUUGUUGCAAAAUGUAUUUUUUACCUUUUCAUGUCUUUCUAUAGACAACAGAAGAGCAGGAUUAAAGAAAGCUUUGGAAUAAAGGAUUUUGAAGCAAAGUUCAUUCAUAUUAGGAUAAAGCGUUUUUGGAGGAGGAGGAGCAGGCAUUUCAUUUAAGGCAAUGGUAUGACCGCAAGCAGCUUUAGUCACCUUUAAAAAAAAAGGCAGUUUUUAUUUUUUUAAAGACGUCCAGUACUCUGGAAUUUCUUAGUUCGGUAACACAUUAGUUUUGCUUUGGCAUUUCCCCCCUUCACAACACUCCCUUUCCCGUUUUUUAUUUAUUUCUCACUGGUCAUUGCUGCUUAAGCGUGCAUGCGUACUGUCUGGAUGUUGCAAAGCUUGUGCAUACAUUAAGACAGCAUUAUUUUUCUGUUUUGAGCGUUUCGUGUUUAAAUCCAAAAACAUUUUUGCCUGUUGUCCAGAAUGUGCUGGGAGUUUUCCUCUAUUGAUCCCCAUGUAGAUUUAUAAACCAAUCAGAAAAAAAGCUUGUGCAGUUGUUCAAGGAAAGUGUCUUUUGUGCUGUAUGUGAGUUAUGCUUGUUUUUCCAAUUUAUAAGCACAAUAUAACGUGUUUAGAAGGUGCUCUUACUUACUUCCAGGGCAUAUCAUAGUCUGGUAUCCUUUUUUAUCGUUUACAAAGGGGAGAAAAACAGACCGCUCCAAUUUCUAGAAACAUUGAUAGAUAACACAGAAGCUCUUCAUUUAGCUGUGAUUCUAACUUGUUACCUCCCUCUCUUUGAUUUUGCCGGUAUUCAAAGGUUUGGAUUGGAGGAAGGGCUCACAGUGUCCCGAUCCUUGGAGCCGGAUCAUUGGAUCAGUUCAGGAUCAGGAUUAGGAUUAGGAUAAGGAUGGAUACAUACAUGGAGCGGGAUCAUUUUACCGGGAGCGGGAACCAUAGGAGAGGAUCCCAACCCCAGCCCCCACUUCCCCCCACCAAACCGCAAUUAAAGGAGUUAAACACAGGAAAGGAUACCCGAUGUCUUAAUUGGCUUCUCUAAAACCAAAUUCAUUCUUUUUUCGUGGAGACCCAAUGAUGCGCGCAGAAGGUAUCCAGGCUGUUUUGUUUUGAGAUAAGUUUUUUGGUGUUAAAAGGAGCAGAGCAAGGAACCAGAAGGCUGGAUCAGUUGCUUUGGAUGGAAUCCACAUGAGGAGCGUGGUAAAUAGAUGGGAAUUAGUGGGAGGGUGGGUAAUAGGCACACUUUGAAUGGGAUGUUGUAGAUUAUUUAGGGUUUCAAAAACAUAUUACUUUUACAUUUGUUGGUAUUUGUUGUGUUGGCAGUGGUGUUCCCCUCACAAUUAAGUUUCUAGUUAUAGUGUUCUCUUUCACCCUUUAAAUAAAGAUUAAAUGUCCAAUUGA